AUGGCGGACAUCGUUAUUCAUUCCCCCCACCAUCCCACCAGAGCGGCCCGCCUGGACACUGCCACCAAUGUUAUCUUGAUCGACAACUAUGAUUCAUUCACCUGGAACGUCUACCAGUACCUUGUGCUUGAGGGUGCUACGGUCACAGUUAUUCGCAACGACGAGAUUACGGUAGAGGAGCUGGCUGCUAAGAAACCCACGCAACUGGUUGUCAGUCCUGGUCCCGGUCACCCCGAAUCUGAUGCUGGGAUCAGUAACGAUGCCAUUCAAUACUUCAAAGGCAAGAUCCCAAUCUUUGGUGUCUGCAUGGGUCAGCAAUGCAUUAUCAAUUCCUUCGGUGGCAAGGUGGAUGUCACAGGAGAGAUUCUGCAUGGCAAGACCUCGGUCCUGAAGCACGACGGAAAGGGCGUUUACCAAGGGCUACCUACGGCCUUCUCAAUUACUCGAUACCACUCCCUUGCCGGUACCAACUCCACCGUUCCGGAUGCACUGGAAGUGACAUCGUGGGCAGAACUCGAGAACGGUACCGGUACCGUCAUUAUGGGAGUUCGCCACAAGGAGUUCACAGUUGAGGGAGUGCAGUUCCACCCUGAAAGUAUCUUGACUGAAUACGGCCGGGCCAUGUUCGGAAACUUCCUCAGGCUCACUGCAGGUACCUGGGAUAGCACUAAGCAAGGCGCAGCCCCCAGCAAGCCUGCUGCCCCGGUUGAUAAGAAGGUGUCGAUUUUGGAUAAGAUCUACGCCCACCGCAAAAAUGCUGUCGCUGAGCAGAAGAAGGUUCCUGCUCUGCGGCCAGAGGCCCUUCAGGCUGCCUAUGAUCUGAACAUCGCCCCUCCUCAGAUCUCAUUCCCUGCCCGCUUAAGACAAUCCGACUACCCUCUGUCAUUGAUGGCAGAGAUCAAGCGUGCCUCUCCUUCAAAGGGUAUUAUCUCGGCUGAUGUAUGCGCACCUGCUCAGGCUCGCGAGUAUGCCAAGGCUGGUGCUAGUGUCAUCUCGGUGCUGACAGAGCCUGAGUGGUUCAAGGGCACCAUUGACGACCUGCGGGCUGUGCGCCAAAGUCUGGAGGGUCUUACUAACCGACCGGCUAUCCUGCGAAAGGAGUUUGUUUUUGACGAAUACCAAAUAUUGGAGGCUCGUCUGGCUGGUGCUGAUACCGUCCUGCUGAUUGUGAAGAUGCUUAGCGUGGAGCUUCUUACAAGGCUGUUCCAUUACUCUAAAAGCCUUGGAAUGGAGCCUCUAGUUGAGGUUAACACUCCGGAGGAGAUGAAGAUUGCGGUCGAUCUGGGAUCCGAGGUUAUUGGGGUCAACAACAGGGAUUUGACAAGCUUCGAGGUUGAUCUUGCCACCACUAGCCGUCUUAUGGACCAAGUCCCAGAGACAACCAUCGUCUGCGCUUUGAGUGGAAUCACAGGCCCCAAGGAUGUUCAGGCUUACAAGAAGGACGGUGUUAAGGCUAUUCUUGUAGGAGAGGCAUUGAUGCGGGCAGCGGACACCUCUGCCUUUGUUGCACAGCUCUUGGGAGCCUCUUCUGCCCAGGCUUCAUCGUUGAGCUCUCCCCUAGUCAAGAUUUGCGGUACUAGGUCUCCGGAGGCCGCACAGGCCGCUGUUCAGGCUGGCGCUGAUUUAAUUGGCAUUAUCCAAGUCCCCGGCCGAUCAAGGACGGUCUCUGACGAUGUUGCGCUUCGUAUCUCUCAGGUGGUCAAGUCGACACCACGACCCAAUAUUCAGUCAUCCGACGCCUCCCAGCAAAUAUCGAAGGCAACUGCCUCAGAGUGGUUUGACCACUCUGCCGCUGUUCUGCGGCAUUCCUCGCGAGCAUUGCUUGUGGGUGUGUUCAUGAACCAGCCAUUGUCAUAUGUCCUUGCUCAACAAGAAAAGUUGGGUCUUGACGUCGUGCAGCUCCACGGCUCUGAACCAUUGGAGUGGGCUAGUUUGAUUCCUGUACCAGUCAUCCGCAAGUUUGCACCGGGCGAUAUUGGCAUUGCCCGCCGUGCCUACCAUUCUCUUCCUUUGCUUGAUUCUGGCUCAGGAGGAUCCGGACAACUUCUGGAAGAGGCCAAUGUCCAGAAAUCUCUCGACAGCGACGAAGGAUUGCGGGUUAUCCUCGCCGGUGGAUUGACCCCGGAGAAUGUUGUUGACGUUGUCAAGAAGCUUGGCGAGUCAGGAUCAAAGGUGGUAGGCUUGGAUACCAGCUCUGGAGUGGAGACAGAUGGAGCUCAGGAUUUGGACAAAAUUCGUGCAUUUGUUGCGGCUGCCAAAAGUGUUCGCCAGUAA